AUGGCUCUCUCCACAGAAGCAACCGUGGGCAUCGUUGCUCUCCUAGUAGCAUCUAUACCAAUCGCAUUCGCUGGCUUGAAGUACUGGAAGAGAGCAAGACACAGUCAAAGCAAUGACCCCUCGCAAGGCUACAUCUUACCUCGCUUCCACACGCCGCAUCCUCUACCCCAGAGAGACCACAAUAUACCCAUCCCAAUGCAGCUACUCCAUUCGUCAAACAUGCACCAGCAUAGCGACCCAGCAAUCCCACUUAGGGCUGAUAGCAUCCACCUUACCACGAGGACCACCGUUUCCGAGACAAAUGUUGUUCGUCGACUGUCGUAUGCUUGA